UCACACUGUGCAGUAGGGUAGCACGCAGUGUGGAAUGCAGCCUCCUUCAACCAGGAAGCGGUGUCCGGUUUCAAAAAAUAUCUGUGACGCAAAGAGGAAGUGUGGAAAACAGAAAGGAGAGAGGAGACUAGGACAUGUAGGCUGCUCUCAUUGUCACAGCAGUCAAGAUGAUGUGUACUAGGAUACUCACACUGCUCAACUCGCAUCCACUACGGAGACUUCCGUCACAGCCUUGCUUCACCUGUUUUACAACUAUACAGAGGGACAGAAGGGAUUACAGUCCAGUUUCACUUGCAUCAGGAUCCUGUUGUAUCAAGAGAGACUUUCAGACACAGAGAAGGCGUUUGUCAGAUAUCCCUCACUAUGGUCUUAACAACAGAAGAUCUUUCAGCCUGAGUCCUGCAGGGAUCGUAAACGCAGCUCCAGCGUCUGUUCAGCCAUACCUCCGCUUAAUGAGGCUGGACAAACCGAUUGGGACAUGGCUGCUGUAUCUGCCUUGUACAUGGAGCAUCGGGCUGGCGGCCGACCCGGGCUGUCUGCCUGACCUGCACAUGCUUGCACUGUUUGGGACUGGAGCUCUGCUGAUGAGAGGAGCGGGCUGUACCAUUAACGACAUGUGGGACAGAGACUUCGACAAGAAGGUGUUCCGGACGGCCAUGCGGCCCAUAGCUGCAGGACAGAUCUCUCAGUUCCAGGCGCUGGUCUUCCUGGGAGGCCAGUUGAGCUUAGCUCUGGGGGUCCUGCUGUGUCUCAACUAUUACAGCAUAGCCCUUGGUGCCGCCUCGUUAUCGCUAGUCGUCACCUACCCUCUAAUGAAGAGAAUAACAUACUGGCCUCAGCUUGUCUUGGGUCUUACCUUUAACUGGGGAGCUUUGCUUGGCUGGUCAGCUGUGAUGGGAUCAUGUGACUGGUCCGUGUGUCUGCCCCUGUAUUUCUCUGGCGUGAUGUGGACGCUGAUAUAUGACACUAUCUAUGCUCAUCAGGACAAAGAGGAUGAUGUUAAGCUGGGUGUGAAGUCCACAGCUCUAAGGUUCCAGGAACACACCAAGCCCUGGCUGAGUGCCUUCACUGUGGCUAUGCUGUCUGGAUUAAUCCUGGCGGGCGCUAAUGCAAACCAGACAGUCCCGUACUACAUAGCUGUGUCUGCAGUUGCUCUUCAUCUAGCACAACAGAUCUAUUCUUUGGACAUCAACAAGCCUGAGGAUUGCUGGAAGAAAUUCGCCUCCAAUCGUAAUUUAGGACUUCUGUUAUUCUUAGGAAUAGUUCUUGGCAAUUUGGGGAAGAGAAACGAUAGACAAUAUGAAAUAAUUAAACUCCCUUCCUAG